AAAUAACUUUGGUAGUUACAUUUGAUUAACCGAUGAAGAGUUGUUGAAAUUGGUAAUUACAGAUCUGUAGAAGACGAUAGAUGUGCAGAUUUUCUCCUUAUCUUUAUUUUAUCCAAACCCCCUUUAACCCACUACCUUCUUCCCCAAUUUAAUUCAACCCCUUUACCCAGAAUUUAUUUAAAAAAAAAAAAAACACCAUGUCUAUCACCUACACCUGUUCGCUUCCAUCUUUCUCCUCAAUCUCAGUUUCCAAUUCCACUACUUUUCGCCCUAAUCGAAUCACCUGCUCCGCUGGAGCGAGUGUUGCGGAACGAAAAGCUGUGAAUACGUCUGAACCGCUAUUGCUGAAUGCUGUUCGAGGUGAAGAUGUAGAAAGACCCCCGGUUUGGCUCAUGAGACAAGCCGGGAGGUACAUGAAGAGCUAUCAAGACAUCUGUCAGAAGCAUCCUUCGUUUCGUGAAAGAUCGGAGAAUGUAGAUCUUGUUGUGGAGAUUUCGUUACAGCCAUGGAAAGUCUUUAAGCCUGAUGGAGUUAUUUUGUUUUCCGACAUUCUUACGCCUCUACCGGGAAUGAACAUACCCUUUGACAUUGUUAAAGGAAAGGGUCCCAUAAUAUUUGAUCCAAUCACCACGGCUGCUGACGUGGACAAAGUCACGGAGUUCACUCCUCAAGAAUGGGUUCCAUAUGUUGGCGAGGCUUUAACGAUUUUGAGAAAAGAGGUAAACAAUGAAGCUGCAGUUCUAGGUUUUGUCGGGGCUCCGUUUACCUUGGCAUCAUAUUGUGUCGAAGGCGGAUCGUCAAAGAACUUUACCAAAAUUAAGAAGCUUGCUUUCUCACAGCCUAAGGUACUCCAUGCACUGCUUGAAAAAUUCACAACCUCAAUGGCUACGUACAUAAAAUACCAAGCUGACAACGGUGCACAAGCGGUUCAAAUCUUCGACUCAUGGGCCACCGAGCUCAGCCCAACUGACUUUGAAGAGUUCAGUCUCCCUUACUUGAAACGGAUUGUGGAUACCGUUAAACAAACUCACCCGGAUCUCCCUUUAAUACUUUACGCAAGUGGGUCAGGUGGGUUGCUCGAAAGGCUACCUUUGACCGGGGUUGAUGUGGUUAGCUUGGACUGGACAGUGGAUAUGGCUGAAGGUAGGAAGCGGUUAGGGUCUGAUAUAGCGGUUCAGGGGAAUGUGGACCCUGGUGUGUUGUUCGGGUCAAAAGAUUUCAUCACGAAUAGGAUACAUGAUACGGUGAAGAAAGCAGGGAACAUGAAGCACAUACUGAAUCUUGGCCAUGGUAUUAAAGUAGGUACACCGGAGGAAAAUGUCGCGCAUUUUUUUGAGGUUGCUAAAGGACUUAGGUAUUGAAAUUUGAAAAUAGAGUUUUUUUUGGUGUAGAAAGACUAUGAUUCUUGGUUGCAUGCUAGUAUUGUUGCAUUGCAUUGCACUUUAGUUUUGGGAUGUCCACUAAGUUAUAAUAUAUGUUACAUAAUUUCUUUUUA